GGGUUUUAUUUAGGUGACUUAACUCGAAACAUUUUUAUUUCCAUCCAGUUAAUCUCUCAAAAUGGUCCGCUACUCACUUGACCCCGAAAACCCUACAAAAUCAUGCAAAGCACGGGGUUCCAAUCUCAGAGUACAUUUUAAGAACACUCGCGAGACUGCUCAAGCUAUCAAGGGCAUGCACAUUCGCAAGGCCACAAAGUUCUUAAAAGAUGUCACCCUAAAGAAGCAGUGUGUUCCUUUCCGCCGUUACAAUGGAGGUGUUGGCAGGUGUGCCCAGGCUAAGCAAUGGGACUGGACACAGGGGCGAUGGCCUAAGAAGAGUGCAGAUUUCCUCCUGCACAUGUUGAAGAAUGCAGAGAGCAAUGCAGAACUCAAGGGUUUGGAUGUUGAUUCUCUGGUCAUUGAGCACAUCCAGGUGAACAAGGCCCCUAAGAUGCGCAGGCGCACCUACCGUGCUCACGGACGCAUCAACCCUUACAUGAGCUCCCCUUGCCACAUUGAAAUGAUCUUAACAGAGAAGGAGCAGAUUGUCCCUAAACCAGAGGAGGAAGUUGCUCAAAAGAAAAAGGUCUCCCAGAAAAAGCUGAAAAAGCAGAAACUAAUGGCUCGGGAUUAAAAACUCAGCAAAUGUACAGAAAUAAAAUACAGUUUAAAAAAACUGUUCUUGCGUUUUGGCUCAUCUUUUUACUAAUAUGGUUAUACUUUAAAAAUAUUUUGUUCGUGAGUUUCCCAAAUACUUCAUUUGUUUUUCCUUUCCUUCCUCUCCAUAAGAUCUAAAAGAAAACGGCUGUACCUGGGAACAUAGGUUUUUUUUUUUGUAUUCUCAGCAUUCAGAUGCAUAUACCUAGUGAACAUAGAAAAAGUGUGCACAAGGCAUAAACAGCAUAUGUGUAUUUGUUGCUAAUAUAGUGGUGGUCUUUUGUAUAAAAAAGUCUAUUGUAAAAAUCCGCCUGUUAAAAACCAAAAUGAACUCAUCACUGUUUUUCUUUCACGAUUUGGAUAGAGUAUUGCUUCUCAACGGUGGUCCUCAAGUACCUCCCAACAGGCCAGGCUUUCAUUAUAGCUGAUGGUUGAGAGCAGGUUAGUAACCAUGGUUACUGACCAGCUGAUUACUUCACCUGUGCACUGGUUCAGCUAUAAUAAAAACCUGGCCUGUUGGGGGUACUUGAGGACCACAGUUGAAAAACACUGGGAUAGACACUGGUUAGACAAUUUUUCAAUUUACUUUGACAUUUGCUGCAUACUCUUGGUAUCAUUUGUUGAAGGAGCAGCAAUGCACUACUGGAAACUGAGCCAAUGACAAAAGGCAUAUAUUCAGCCAGCUAGCUCCCAGUAGUGCAUUGCUGCUCCUGUGCCUACCUAGAUAUGCUUUUCAAGAAAGGGUACCAAGAGAAUGACGCAAAUUAGAUAAGUAAAUUUCCAAUUUACUUCUAUUAAAACUGCAUUCUCUUUCACUGGUUUUCAAAAUUUACUCUAAUAUCAGUUACAUUUAAAUCUGACUAUAGCAGCAGUAAGGUAGCUUUUCCCAAUAAAGGCCACAAACACUAA